AUGAUGAAGACUGAAUUAUACACAGCAGGUGUGACCCAGACUGAAACGACUGAUCUUGCAAGCCUUGGCUUCACCCUUGGGUCACUCCCUGUCCGCUAUCUUGGCCUCCCUCUAAUGCACCGUAAACUUCGCCUCUCUGAUUAUAGGCCACUCAUUGAUAAGCUGACUGGUUGUUUCACAAACUGGGCAAACAGAACACUAUCCUAUGCAGGGAGGAAGCAGUUGAUCUCAUCAGUCAUAUAUGGAACAGUCAACUUUUGGACUUCAGCUUUUAUACUCCCUAAAGGAUGUCUUAAGCGUAUACAAAGUCUUUGUUCAAGCACCUCAUUAUGGGCUGCUUGGAUAAAAUCUAAUAGGAUCAAGGAGGAAAGUCUUUGGAGCUGUGACGUAGAGAAAGCGGAAUUAUGGACUUGGCGUUCACUUCUUCACUUGCGGCCACUGGCUUCUCGGUUCUUGCGGGCUAAGUUGGGUGAUGGGAAAAGAAUCAGUUUCUGGUGGGAUAUAUGGACUCCUCUGGGCAGGUUAAUUGAGAUCUUUGGUGAUGAAGGACUGAGAGAGUUAUCUAUCCCUUCUUAUGCUUCUGUUUCAGACGCCUGCAACUCCAAUGGUUGGCGACUGAGAGGAGCUAGAUCACCUUCAGCUGAAGCACUUCAAAUCUACUUAACGACAAUACCGUUGCCCAAUUCUAAUACCACACCGGACACUUUCUAUUGA